AUGGGUAAAGUCUCGGUAAUGUGCAAGUACAAUGCUUUUGAUGAGAAGUACGCUUUUGACGAUGAAGGCUUGUUCACUUACAGUAGCACAGAACAGAAGCGAGUUGAACAGUUAGCUAGGGAACAAUUCCAAAAUUUUAUCGAUUCAUUCAUGGAUAAUAUCGAAGAUGAUAUAGAUUAUUUACCUGUGUUGGAUAAAACACUACAUAUCAAGCAUUUGGUUCAGUCUUUGGAACAGUUAUCAAGCUCAUUUUCGCAGUUGGAAGCAUCUCGUGCUUGGUUCUGUUAUUGGGGAGUACACAGUUUGGGGCUCUUGGAAGCACCACUCAGUGAAGACUUGGCUUCUAGCAUUGUUCGAUUUCUGAAGACCUGUGGUCCAGGACAAUAUCCACAUUUGGCUACUACUUAUGGUGCAGUAAUGGCUUUAAUAAGCAUUGGUACCGAUGAAGCUCUUGCGAGUAUUAAUACGACAACUCUGAAGAAUUUUUUGCUCUCUGUCAAACAACCUGAUGGCAGUUUCGCACUACACAUUGGUGGGGAAAUUGAUAUUCGAGGAUCGUACUGUGCUCUUGCUGUUGCUUCUAUUACAAAUAUUUUGGAUAGCGAACUCACUGAGAAUGCGGAUAUAUGGAUUAUCAGAUGUCAGACUUAUGAAGGUGGCUUUGGUGGUGAACGGUUUUGUGAAGCGCAUGGUGGUUAUACAUUUUGUGGUGUAGCGUCGUUAAUAAUUCUGGGAAAAAGUGCUUUGAUUCAUAGAUCAUCUCUGAUAAAGUGGCUUGCUUUUAAACAAAUGAAAUACGAAGGUGGAUUUCAAGGUAGAACAAAUAAACUGGUUGAUAGUUGUUAUAGUUUUUGGCAAGCUGCUGUAUUCCCUAUAUUAGAAGUUGCAGAACUUAUUCUAGGAAACAGCGUUUUUUCAUCGUUUGAUGGAAAAGCACUGCAGGAAUAUGUUCUCAUUGCUUGUCAAGAUAUGAACAAUGGUGGAUUGAAAGACAAACCAGACAGGUUAAGCGAUUUAUAUCACUCAUGUUAUGCCCUGAGUGGUCUCUCUGUGGCACAAUAUUAUACAGCUGAUGGUGUCAUUGGUGGAGAAGUCAAUCGACUGGUAUGGUGUUAUUAA